UGUAGAGCGUUGAAUAGUAAGGACGUGUAACCGGUUUCUUCCGGUGUUCUGCCUAUUCCUUCAUUUUGGAUUUAAUUAUUAUGAGUUAAUUACAUAUUGUUUUGAUAAAUUAUUGCAGUUUAUCAACUAAAAAUUGUUUGUUUAAAUGGGUUAAAGGUUAUAUACGCAUCUGAAAAAUAAUACAAAAGUGAUAAGUUGUUACAAGGUUCGUGAGAUGGAAAUAAAAUUCAAAUUUUAAAUUCAAAAGUGAAUAGUGCGUCUUUCGAUUACAUUAUUUAAUUGAGUUUCAAAUCACGUAAUUCAAGAGAUAAAAAUAAGUAAAGUAUAAAAAAUAAAAAGCCAUGGAAGAAAGUGGAGUUCAAGUUAAAUUUGAUGUUGGAAGUGAAGUGUCAAUUGGACAUUUUUUCAAAAGCUCAUUUGCUAGAUCUUUUGUUACAACUUGCCGAGAUAUAGAAACAUCAAAUUUUGGAUUAAUCAAUGAUUCUUCAGAUCAUGCAUCACACGAAAACUCCACAUUAUGUUUGGAAGAUAAAAAUAAUUUAUUGCCUAUUAGUAAUGGCAAUCAAACAUCACAAUCAGAAAACAAUUUCCAAUCUACUUCAAAUGUUCCUUUAAGUGAUGCAGAACUGCAAGAAUUAAAUCAACUCAGAAAGCAAUGCCAGGUGUUGAAUGAAGAAAAUCGCCGGUUGCAAAACACUCUUCAGAUGCACGAGACUUCACAGUUCCAAGCCAUUGAUAAUGUAAUGCUCCAAACACAGAUUGAAACCCUCCAAUGGCAGCUGAAACAAACUGAAGCCAAUCGCCAGAUGUACAGAUCGUUGAUGAAGCAAGUCGUAAAUUUCUUAGAACGUGCGCAAAAAAGUCUGGAUAACUUACAUGCAAGUAAUUCGAGAAGUCAUAAAAACAUUGGAAAAAGUACCCGCAAUCUAAGUAUAUAUGCUGAUGAGUCAUCUUCGAAUCAAAGCAACUCAUUUCGAUCUAUAAGUCCUACUUCCAAGUUUACACGAGCUAAAUCAGUCACUCAGAUUUCUUCAGUUAGUGGAUCUUCAGGAUUUCGAGAUUUCACGUGGUCAGUGCUUAGAAGAAAUGAUCCAGUCCAUUGCACUCCACCGCGAAACAAAAUAGAUUCUCAUUCUCAAUUUAAUCUUAACAAAUCUUACGAUGGAGUAAUUUCGAGGCAAAAUAAUGAUGUUGCAGAUGCUAAGGAAAAAAAUGAUCAUGUUCCACCAAAAAAGUUAUCUCAAGAAGCAUUUAGAUUAAUGAGGACAGUCGAGUCAUUACUAGCCAUGAGAGAACCAAACUUAUUAACAGUUUCACCCUCUAAUUCAUCCUCAUCACCUUCAUCAUCACCAUUAGCAUCUUCGUCUUCGUCAGCUGUAGUGGCUGAUGAUGACAACACAUCCAAUUCUCUGAUUGAUCACAGCGUAACCACCAACAGCAAUAAGUCAACUACUUCCACAUCCUUUGAUGAUGGAACUUAUGAAGAAUAUUCAAGAUUUGAUGCACACGAAGACGAGAAUGAUAUGUCCAAUAUUUCUAACAAGUUAUCCAAUACAUUGGAAAUUAGCACAACUAUCAACAACAAUAGUAACAUUAAUAACAGCAAUAUUUAUUAUCAUAAUAAUACUUUGCGAUCAUGCUCACCAAAUGUUAGUAAUAUGCUUCUUGAUACGACAUCAUUACAUUCAGCAAGCAGUAAAACAACAGAAGAAGAAGAUUUGAGGCCACCAAGUGUCGGCAGAUUGAGACAAAUUUUCGUUUCAACGCCAUCAUCAACUUCUAACAGAGAAAUUAAAAAAGUCGAUAUAAAAGAAAAUGGGCAUUCCAGAUUUAAAGAAAAAGAAAAACCAGUAGCAAAUAGUAUAAGUAGUGUAGAAGAUGAAAGUGGUUUUUCUUCAAUGAAUUCUUUCCAAGAUAUUGGCCUUCCCCUGCCAACUAUUUCGCCAAUUAAAGAAGGAUGUCAUACAGAAGUAGGUUUGCCAGAAAUACCUUUAGACAAAAUAAAUCAUCGUAGAUGGUCAUCUACUCCAGCAGAAAUCCAAGCCAUGUUUAAAAAGUAUAAAAAUGGUUAUUUAACAAAUUCAACCAAGGUAGAAUCAAUGAGUGUUUGGGUUUAAUGUUAAUUAAUGUGAAACUAUCUAAAAUACUGAUCUACAAAACUUUGUGAAAUGAAAAGUGUAUUAUCUAGUGAUUGGAGUACAUCUUUCUGUAAAUAAUUCUCCGAUUAAUUACUCGAUAGAAUUGAUAAUGUGCGUUCCAUUUAUAUUCAUGUUAUUUCCUUAAAAAUUUUUCCAUAGUCAUAACUAUUGUAUUUCAAUCAGUUUGAAAGUGAUGCUGAACUGAAAUAUUGUUACCAGUCACGAUUUAUUACAAAAUAAAACUUAAAUAUUACUGUA